UAACUCUGAUCACAUGACUACAAAAUGGCCGAAGGAGAGGAUAGAGAAGAUAGUGAAGCCAAUCCAAAAGAAUUUGUUGGUGACAGUGAAGAAAUACCCUCGAUAGAAAGUGUUCAGAUCAGUGCAGAAAAUGAAAUUGAUGAUUUCGAGGAAGAUGAAGAAUACAUGGCUUUGGAUAACCAGCUGGACCAGCUAAAUGCCUGUCUAAAUGAUCUGGAAGCACGUAAUGAUGAUUUGGUCACCAAACUAAAAGCCCUUCUUGCAGAUAGCAAAGAAGUUCAACGAGAGCUUCAGGAACUAAAUGGCAGAUCUGAUGGUACACCCCCUGACUCAGGACAAGGUGCUUCUGGCAGCAGAGUGACAUCAUAAAAGUAUAGAUAACAGUGACAGAAGAAGUCAAAGACCUUCAUUUAGUUACAUUUAUAUAUUCAGCAGUCAGAUACUUGGACUUACGCAGGCUUUUGGGAGAUCUCUCUGUGAUUUUGUACCUUAUAGAAGCAGCCAUAAAGUUUGUUUUCUUUCAACUUUUUAUAUUUUAUUUGUUUGCUAAAUUAGAAAUUAAAGUUUCAAAAUUUCAAAAAGACUUAAGACAUUAUCAAAAAAUAAGUUUUUAAAAACUCAACCUUGUAUUCAUAACUACAAGAUAUUUGACUUGUUUAAAGGCUUUAAUCUGUGCAGCAUGUAAGAAUGUUUAUACCCACUGUGUACGAAAGGCAACCCCCUUAUUCUAAUUUUUUUUUUCAAUUUUCUUUAGAACCUCUAAAUAAGCUUGGGAUUCCAGUAUGGUAUUUAUAAACUCUACUCAGAUGACUUAGUGUUAGUAGCAAUUAAACACCAAUUAAAGAUGUGCUGCAAA